CUCUGAACAACAACAACAGCCACAAAGCACAUUUUCAUUGGUUGCAUAUGAAUUUAAACAUAUACACCCCUUCGCCCUUAUUGGAUAUUGAAACAUGCACCGCUAUGCCUCAUGGGGUAUCCAUCCAUCAAAUUGGUAUCAUUUAGUUCCAUUGCCCCGAAACUGUCUCUUCUUCUUGAAGUACAGUCAGCCCUCCUUAUCCAGACAGGGAACUAUGUGUCUGUCUGUCUGUCUGUCUGUCUGUCUAUCUAUCUAUCUAUAUAUAUUGAUAGAAGAUUUGAUUGAUUGGUUUAGCAAUGACUUGCCUCACUGAUUGCAAGUAGUUGCAAAAUCAAUGAAUUGAAUCUUCUAUCCAUUUUAUUUCUCUCCAGGUGAGAGUUGGGCAAAAUUAUGGACCAACCUACCCUUUCAUUCCUUUUCUGCUAAUAGGGAAAAUGCUUAUAAAAGUAUAUAUAGGUGCCAUAACUGUCCCCCAAAUCUUUCCCUAUUUUGGACAGACGUUCAACUGAUUUGCUGGAGGCAAUGUGGGAAUGAGGCACACUGGUUCACGUGUGGCUAGAUUGCCCAAAGGCAAAGGCAUUUUGGGAUACUGUAUUGAAACUUAUUCCGUACUUAUCUAUUUAUCUUAUUUUUAUGUCGCCUUUCUCCCAGAUCGACACUCAAGGCAGCUCACAAGAGAAAAACAUUUUAAAAACUUACAACAAGAAUUUAAAAACAGUUAAAAUCAACUUACUUAAAAUAUUGCAAGAGAAGAAAAACAUACAAAUGGGUGAAUUACUUUUAUUUUCUUGAUAAUAAUACAUUGCUAUAUAACAAAUACUUCAUUUCACAACUUCUAUUUGUUGCAUAUAAACAAAUCACUCCAAAUUGGAAAUACAGAGAUUCAAACAUAAUUCCAAGAAGUGAACUUGGCAUUGUAUAAGAAAUUGACCGUGAAUAUAAGGUACAGUAUAUCAAAAGAGAAACCAGAGAGAACAGGCAUGAUUUCACAGAUACAAAUGGAAAAUAAAGUCCUGUGCUUCUGCUGGGCCCAUUCUUGUCCGUAAGAGCAAGAUAAUCUGUCUGUUGAUACAGAAAAAAACUGGCCAGCUGACAUUUUAAACAUGAGAACUUUAGCAUCUGUGCUAGUGACAUAUUUGAUUAUGAAAUGCACUGUCUGUAGCCCAUAUUUCAAAGGUCACAGUUCUAUUGACAGCAUUUUCAAACCAUGAUUUAUAGUCCAGAAUAUCAACAGCAUGGAAAGUCUCAAGAUAUGGUCCAUUCUGGCUGUACUUUGUAGUUUUUGCCAAAGAGCUAUACCAUGUGGCCUGUCAACACAUAUCGAAAUAGCUCACAGAGCUCUGGAAUUUUUGGGCAAACAAGAGGGAAACGUUGACUAUCGUGAGUUAUUACUAACCCACCAAGAUGCAUAUCAGGCUGGAAGCCUUUAUCCUGAUGCCUUUUAUUCUGAUAUUUGCAAGAAUGGCCUAUUCCAUCAAGUAUCUGAAGACACUCAUUGGUCACCUUUUCUCAAUGCCAGUAUCCACUUCAUCAGAAAGAACUAUCCCCAGCCCUGGGGAAAGGCCACAGAGAAGCUUGUGGCUUUCCUCUUUGGAAUUGCUUCUCAUAUGGUGGCAGAUGUGAGCUGGCAUAGCUUGGGGAUUGAUCAAGGAUUUCUACGGGCCAUGGCAGCAAUUGAUUUUCAUGGCUCGUAUUCAAAAGCUCAUGCUGCUGGUGAUUUUGGAGGUGAUGUGUUAAGCCAAUUUGAACUUGAUUUUGGUUAUCUCGUACCAAGCUGGUAUGUACCAGUCAAGGAUUUACUGUCAAUUUAUAAGGAAUUGUAUGGCCAGGAAGUAAUAACUGAAGAGACUAUUGUAGACUGCACUUAUCUACAGUUUUUUGAACUGUAUGGUGAAAUGAUUGCUGUUGGCAAGCUAUACCCUUUCUAUGCCAGGAAGUCCCCAUUUUUGGUCGAUAAAUUCCAUGAAUAUUUUCUUGGUGGUGUGGAUGAUAUGGCAUUUGCAUCGAAUAACAUUUUCCAGCUAACAAGUCAAAUAUUAGCAAAUGGGACCAGUGGCUGUUUUAUUCCUGAAAAUCCUUUGUAUAUACAAUGUAAAGAUGAGCAGAGGAAUCCUACUGGUAGGACCAGGCAGUCUAAAACUGAGCACCACAGAAAUAUAACUUCUUCCCUGGAGAAAUCAGUUGAAAAGAAAGUCAACUACACAGAGAGAGGAGUUUAUUUUGAUUUGCCUCCAUGGGCAACCAAUUAUCUUCAUUUCCAAAAUAGUGCCACUGCAGAGAGUUUGAGGAGAGUGCUGACAGUCACACAGCAAGAGUCUUCUAAGCACAUCAUCAAGCCCACUGCUUCAUACUUUCUGAAAACUCCAUAUGCUAAACUUGGUUGGGCAGUGAUUUCAGCUGACCUCAAUCAGGAUGGAUAUGAUGAUCUGGUAGCUGGAGCACCAGGAUAUAGCCAGCUGGGACACGUUCAGAUAGGACGAGUAUAUAUUGUUUAUGGAAAUGAAUCAGGUUUACCUCACACAAACUUGGACCUAGACCAGGAAGCAGAUGAAAUACUGGAAGGAAAAAAGCCUUCAGGGAGGUUUGGUUCUGCCAUAGCAGUUUUGGACUUCAAUGAAGAUGGUAUAAUGGAUGUUGCAGUGGGAGCGCCAUCUGUGGGAUCACAAGAGCUUAGUUACAGGGGCUCUGUAUAUAUAUAUUUUGGCAACAGAAGAGGAGGAGGUUUCCAUAGAUCACCAAAUAUUACUAUUGUUUGUCAAGAAAUAUACUGUAAUCUUGGCUGGGCACUAUUGGCAGCUGAUGUUGAUGGAGAUGGAAAUAAUGAUCUUGUGGUAGGCUCUCCUUAUGCACCUAGCAGUGGAAAACAAAGAGGAUUUGUGGCUUCCUUUUAUUCAUUUUUCAACAGAAGCAGCCAAGGACAACUGUCUGUGUCAGAUGCUGAUUGGAUAGUGAAAGGAGAAAGGGAUUAUGCCUGGUUUGGAUCAUCACUCAGUAGUGUCCAGCUUCACAAUAAAACACUGUUGCUUAUUGGUAGCCCUUCUUGGAAAAGCUGUAAAGGCAUAGGCUGCUAUUUCUCUGAAGAUACCAGGCAGGCUGUUGGAAGGGUAUAUGGCUAUACCCCACCAAGCACACGCAGCUGGUUUACUUUAACUGGAGAUAUGGAUAUGGGGAAUUUUGGUUCAUCUUUGGCAACUGGUUUCCUUUCUGUAGAAGGAAUCCUAAGGCAAGUUUUGGUAGUUGGUGCACCAACACAAGACACUUCAUCCAAGUUUGUAUUUAUACCCUCUGUGCUACACCAAGCUGGAACAGCUUUCAUGUACGAUCUGGUGGAGAGUACCAAACCUUUUCUGCUCAGCAGUUUCAGUGGGGACAGAAGUUUUUCACGCUUUGGAGGAGAUGUGCACUUAAGUGACCUGAACAAUGAUGGACUUGAUGAGAUCAUUGUGACAUCGCCUCUUCGAAGUAAAGACAUCGUGGCUGGAAUGUUUGAAGGAGAGGCUGCACAUAUUUAUAUAUAUAGUGGAAACCAGACAACCUCGGGUAAUGUUACAAACCACUGCAAAUCAUGGAUUUCCCCCUGUCCUGAAGACUGGGCACAGUAUGUCAUAAUUUCUCCUGAGGAAAAGUCAAGAUUUGGGAGUGCUGUGAUUACGGUAAAAUCAGGACAAAAGAAUCACGUUAUAGUAGCUGCUGAGAGAAGUUCAGUAAAUGCACGGCUCAGUGGAAGACUUUUUGUCUACACCUUCUAAUUUCCAUUCUACUUUUUAAGUCUGUCUACAGUGAGUCAUUGUUAACUGUCAUAUAACUGUGCUCUUUGAAAAUACGAGAGGCUGAUAGAUACACUACUGGACUGACAUAUGAAAAGCAUUAACUUUUUAAUUAGUGAAAGCUGGGCUCCACUUCUGAAAUUAGUACUGAUAUGUUUAAACAUCAACAUGGAAAGUACUGUAAUAAUACAAGGAAAUUCUUCUAACCCUCUAAGCACUUUUGACCAUCAGCUGUUUCAACAGUGAUAUGAGAGCAAGCAGCACACAUACGUGGAACCUUAUUUUAAAAGUUAUUUAUUGCAAUAUACAGUACAGUUUAGUAUAAUGGUGAAAAGAGCCCAAACAGAUCUUGCAAAAGUAGAGUUGUGAAUACUAGUUUGACAAACAACAAACCUCUACUUUACAUUUCAUAAUUUGAAAAAGAUGGGAUUACAUCACAAAUGUCUAGAUACAGUUGCUUCUGCCUGAAAAUUAGUCAGAUGACAUGUUACUCUAAUUUCAGCACAGAUCAGGAAUGGAAAUCACAUGGCUUGCUGGAUGCUGUUCGACUUCCACUCCCAGCAGCCCUCACCAUUGUGGGUAUAUUAGAAAGGGCUAUAUGAACUUGCCAAGAACAUUUGGAAGGCCUCAUAAUUUCCACCCUGAUGCUGGAUUAUAAUGGUCUGGAAUAAACUCUAACAUUUAGUUGUCAGCAAAUGCAGUAAUUAAGCUUUGAGUAUCACUGGACUUUAAAAACUAUUUUGUACAUACGAGAAAACUGAGAACAUCUGCCUUCUAAGAUUGCUAAGCAACCAGUAGAUGCUGCUGUUUCCCAGUCUGUGGGAAUUUAAGAUACUUAAAUACAGACAGUUCCAGUCUAAAGUCAUUUUCAAGGAACAAUGAAGUAACUACAUUUGCCAAGAUGCUUAAAAACAGUGUGUGGAAUUACACAGUUGUUUAAAUAAAUUCAGCAGGAUUUAGAAGUUGGCUCACAAGAAUAUUAGGUACCUGAAGUUUCCUGAGUAUAUACACCUACCAUAUAUACUCAUGUAUAAGUCUAGAAAUUUUAGUCAAAAAAUUGACUCCAAAAACCUGGGUUAACUUAUCCAUGGGCCAAUGUAACUACUGUACUGUACUUUAACUCUUAUCAAAAAAUGGAACC